AUGUCGAGCACGAUCUUCUACCGGUUCCGGUCGCAGAAGGACCCCUCGCGGAUCCUGUUCGACGGGACGGGCAUCACGGUGUUCGACCUGAAGCGCGACAUCAUACAGGAGAACAAGCUGGGGGACGGGACCGGGUUCCAGCUGCGGCUAUACAACCCGGACACGGGCGAGGAGUACGACGACGACGGCACGGUGGUGGCGCGGUCGAGCAUGGUGAUCGUGCGACGAGCGCCCGCGGAGCACGGAGUGGCGGGGAACGCCUCGCGGUACGUGCAGGGCCGGCCGCGGGUGGCGGCGCGGGCGCAGGGGCCGGCGGUGGGCGGCAGCUUCGGGAGCUACGUGGCGGGCGGGGUGGGCGGCGGCACGGAGGAGGAGCGGAUCGCGCGAAUGUUCGCGAGCCAGGAGAACCAGUGGCAGGAGACGCAGCAGGCGAUGAGCGCGGCGGUGCCGGUGUACCACAGCCGGUCGCACGGCGCGGCGCAGGACGAGGGCCCGCCGCCGCCGGGCUACAUGUGCUACCGGUGCGGCGGCAAGGACCACUGGAUCAAGAACUGCCCGACGAACUCGGACCCGAACUUCGAGGGCAAGCGGAUCCGGCGCACGACGGGUAUCCCGAAGAAGUUCCUGAAGUCGGUGGAGAUCGACCCGCUGACGAUGACGCCCGAGGAGAUGGCGGAGCGCAAGAUCAUGGUGACGGACGACGGCAAGUUCGUGGUGCAGGUGGCGGACCAGCACUCAUGGGAGGACUACCAGCGCAAGCAGCAGCAGCAGAAGAUCGCGGUGCGCGAGCAGGACGCCGUGUGGCUGCCGAACCGCUUCGAGGACCUGCCCGCGGAGCUCAAGUGCCCGAUCACGAACGGCCUGGUACGCGACCCCGUGCGCACCGCGCGCUGCUGUGCGCGGCUGGUCUCGCGCGCGCCAAUGGAGGACGCGCUGCUCGCGAGCGACUUUGUGUGCCCGCUGUGCGGCGCCCCGGACGUGCUGCUCGACUCGCUGGCGCCCGACGCCGAGUCCGCCAAGGCUGUGGACGAGUUCCUCGAGAGCCAUGGCAGCAAGCGCGCGGCCGACGCGCCCGCGGACGACCCCACGAAGACCAAGAUGCCCAUGAUGCCGAUGCCGCCCUUCGGCAUGCCCUUCAUGUUCCCCAUGCCCUUCAUGCCGCCAGUGCCGCCGUCGGAAAGCAAAAAGUAG